GUAGCCCACAACAAUCAAAUAAUGCAAUUAUCUUAAAGUGUAGACAGUGUAUCAGACAGGACACUUACAAACCUAUAACAAGCAUGAUGAGCCAAAACAAGGUUGGCACCAAGCCUCUACUCCACACACACAAACUCCUCCCACAAACCACCUUCAACCGCCUUUACAUGGCGGUUUACGCCUUAGCUUUACUAUCCCUUUUUCACUACCAUGCACAAACCCUAAUCUUCAACAACUCUCCUUCCUUCAUUUUAUCCCUCCUCCUCUUCAUCUCCGACCUCAUCCUUGCCUUCUUAUGGUGCACCACUCAAUCCUUCCACUUCCGCCCUAUUCGCCGCCGUGAAUUCCCGGAAAAUCUCGAAAACAUAAUUUUAAAAGAAGGGAAGGAAUUACCUGCCGUGGAUAUAUUCAUUUGCACGGCUGAUCCUUAUAAGGAACCGCCCAUAGCGACGGUUAAUACGGCGUUAUCGGUUAUGGCUUAUGAUUAUCCACCGGAAAAGUUAUCGAUUUAUGUGUCUGAUGAUGGUGGGUCCCAGGUUACUCUGUUUGCGCUGAUGGAAGGUGUUAAGUUUGGUCGCCAUUGGUUGCCUUUCUGUAGGGAAAAUAAUGUUGUUGAUAGGUGUCCUCAAGCUUACUUUGAUCAUACUUUCUACGAUGAUUUCUCACUUCAAGCUUACAAAUUGAAGAGCAUGUACGAGAGCAUGAAGGUUAGAGUUGAAAAUGCACUUAAAAGAGGAAGCGUUGAGGAAGAGGAGAUUGAUGAGGUAGAAAUGCAGCAUGCCUUUGCCAAAUGGUCGAACAAUUUUAGUACUCAAGCUCAUCCCACAAUUAUUCAGAUUUUGGUAAGUUGUAUGAAGGACAAGGAUGUUAGUGGAGAAAUGAUGCCAAACUUGGUUUAUACCUCUAGAGAGAAAAAUAUAACCCAUCACCAUCGUUUCAAGGCCGGUGCCCUCAAUGCUUUGGUUCGUAUAUCAGCAACAAUGACAAAUGCACCAAUAAUACUAAUUUUGGAUUGUGACAUGUAUUCUAAUGAUCCACAAACCAUCAAGAGAGUUUUAUGUUACUUCUUUGAUCUUGAAAUUCAACCAACAAUGGCAUACGUUCAAUUUCCUCAAUUCUUUCAUGGACUUAAUAAAGGAGACAUUUAUUUUGGCGAACAAAAACGUGUUUUUCAAAUCAACCCAUUGGGAAUGGAUGGGCUUUCAUGUACUGUAAAUAUGGGUACUGGUUCCUUCUUUCAACGUCGAGCCCUAUUUGGAAAUCCCUCAUCUUGUUUUGGAACUGAACUUUUGGAACUUGGGCCGAAGCAUGUUGUAAAAAAGCCCAUAGGAUCACAAGAAAUACUUGAAUUAGCUCAUUCUGUAGCUGCUUGUGACUACGAGAACAAUACAAGAUGGGGCACACAGGUGGGCUAUCGAUAUGGAUCAUUGGUGGAGGACUAUUAUACAAGUUAUCGGAUGCAUUGUGAGGGGUGGAAGAGUGUAUUUUGUAACCCUGAAAGACCAGCAUUCUUGGGAGAUUCACCAAUAACACUAAUUAACAUGCUAAGCCAAACCAAGAGAUGGAUGAUUGGGCUGCUUAAUGUUCUUUUCUUAAGAUACAGCCCAAUCACUUUUGGUAUUCACAAAAUGGGCAUACUCUCUGCUUUUACUUAUACACACUUUGCUCUUACGCCCAUUUAUUGCAUUCCACUAACCAUUUAUGCCUUCGUUCCUCAGCUUGCACUUCUUAGAGGAAUUUCUACCUUUCCACAGAUUUCAGAUUUACGGUUUUAUUUGUAUAUAUUCCUCUUUAUCGGGGCGAAUGGGAAAGACCUCUUAGACUUUCUCCUACAAAAAGGAACCUUUGAAAUAUGGUGGAAUUCCCAAAGAAUAUGGAUGAUUUGUGGACUUUCAAGCUAUCUUUUCGGGUUCAUAGAAUACAUCCUUAGUUCUCUUGGAAUCGUGGUUCCUGGAUUCGAUGUCACAAGUAAAGUACAAGACGAUGAACUGAAGAAAAGAUAUGAACAAAGUAUAUUCGAGUUUGGGGUCGUGUCACCCAUGUUUGUUCCUAUGACAAUGGCCUCCAUUAUCAAUCUUGUUUCCUUUGCUACGGGAUUAGUUACAAUUUUAAGACGAGGAUUGAAAGAAAUGCAAGGACUAUCUCUACAGAUUUUGCUUUCGGGUUUUGUGGUCAUUAAUUGCUGGCCACUUUAUAAAGCUAUGGUGUUUAGGAGGGACAAUGGAAGAAUGCCCACUAAAAUUACAUUGAUUUCUACUUUUUUAGCUUCAUUUCUUUGCUUGCUAGUUGCUAGUGGGAUGUAAUAUAAUAGGGUAAGUUUUCUAAAUGUUUGAAUUCUCUUAUACUACCUCCAUCCUUAUGAUGUUUCUGUUUCAUUAAAAUAAUAAACUAAUAUAAAUUAAAAAAAGGAAAAUUUUAUCUUUA